CGUAGGUUAUAAAAUGACGUUAAAAGAAACAAACUUGUUACUGCGCCUAAACUCACAUUUUGGAAAGAAAAAAAGGGGGUUCCAUCUUCCAAUAAACCAGUUCACAGGCAUUGCAUGAUCAAAGUCAGUGUUUUUAGUUCUGUUUUGAAUCACCAAUUAAUCGACCAAGAUUUCAUUUUCAUGCUCCCAAUUAUGUUCAGUCUCGUGCAAUUCUAAACCCCAGAGCUCCUGAGAUAAACCCAUCUCACAAAUCGUUUGAUCUCUCAAUUGAGACUAUAAACUUACCAAAAAAAAAGAUGAAUUCAAGUGGCGGUUAUGAGGAGGAGGAGGAGGAGGAGAAGAAGAAGCUAGGGAACGGAGUUGUGGGGGUACUAGCUGAAACAGUGAACAAAUGGGAGAGAAGAACACCACUGACGCCGUCUCAUUGCGCUCGCCUUUUACACGGUGGCAAAGACAGAACCGGAGUUUCACGCAUUGUGGUUCAGCCAUCUGCAAAGCGUAUCCAUCACGAUGCCUUGUACGAAGAUGUCGGAUGCGAAGUCUCUGAUGAUUUGUCUGAUUGUGGACUUAUACUCGGAAUCAAACAGCCUGAGCUAGAAAUGAUUCUUCCAGAGAGAGCAUAUGCUUUCUUUUCACACACUCACAAGGCACAAAAAGAAAACAUGCCUUUGUUGGAUAAAAUUCUAUCUGAGAGAGUGACGUUGUAUGAUUAUGAGCUCAUUGUUGGAGAUCAUGGGAAAAGACUAUUAGCAUUUGGUCAAUAUGCAGGAAGAGCUGGUCUCGUUGACUUCUUGCAUGGACUAGGACAGAGGUAUCUAAGUUUAGGAUACUCAACGCCUUUCCUCUCGCUUGGAUCAUCCUAUAUGUAUUCCUCAUUGGCUGCAGCAAAAGCUGCUGUGAUCUCUGUCGGUGAAGAGAUUGCAAGCCAGGGACUGCCUUUAGGAAUCUGCCCUCUUGUCUUUGUCUUCACCGGGACAGGAAACGUUUCUCUUGGGGCGCAAGAGAUUUUCAAGCUUCUUCCUCACACUUUUGUUGAACCGAGCAAGCUUCCUGAACUAUUUGACAAAGGUGUUAGCCAAAAUGGAAGAUCAACAAAGCGAGUACAUCAAGUAUAUGGUUGUAUCAUUACCAGCCAAGACAUGGUUGAACACCAAGAUCCAUCAAAGCCGUUUGACAAAGCUGACUAUUAUGUACACCCGGAACACUACAAUCCAGUUUUCCAUGAAAAGAUCGCCCCUUAUACAUCAGUUCUUGUGAACUGUAUGUACUGGGAGAAGAGGUUUCCUCGUCUUCUGAGCACUAAACAACUUCAAGAUUUAACAGCAAAAGGAUGUCCACUAGUGGGAAUAUGUGAUAUAACUUGUGAUAUAGGUGGCUCCCUAGAGUUUGUUAACCGAGCUACUUUAAUAGACUCCCCUUUCUUUAGGUUCAACCCCACGAACAAUUCAUACUAUCAAGACAUGGAUGGUGAUGGUGUACUAUGCAUGGCCGUGGACAUUCUACCAACAGAAUUUGCAAAAGAGGCAUCCCAGCACUUUGGAGAUAUUCUUUCAGAGUUUGUGGGUAGUUUGGCUUCCAUGACUGUGAUUGCUGAUCUACCUGCACAUCUGAAGAGGGCUUGCAUAAGCUACAGAGGAGAGUUGACAUCUUUGUAUGAGUAUAUUCCACGUAUGAGGAAGUCUGAUCCAGAAAGCAGAGAGACUCAAGAUAACAUCACCAACGGAGCUUCCAACCAGAGAACAUACAACAUAUUGGUAUCUCUAAGUGGACACCUGUUUGAUAAGUUUCUGAUAAACGAAGCUCUCGAUAUGAUCGAAGCAGCUGGUGGCUCAUUUCAUUUGGCUAAAUGUGAACUAGGACAAAGCGCAGAUGCUGAGUCAUACUCAGAACUUGAAGUUGGUGCGGAUGAUAGGAAAGUAUUGGAUCAAAUAAUUGAUUCAUUAACUCGAUUAGCUAAUCCAGACGAAGAAGACUAUAUAGUAUCUCCACGUAAAGAAACAAAUAAAAUUUCACUGAAAAUUGGAAAAGUCCAGCAAGAAAACGAGAAGCCUGAAGAAAUGACAAAGAGAUCAUCGGUUUUGAUUCUUGGCGCUGGACGUGUGUGUCGUCCAGCUGCUGAGUUCUUAGCUUCAGUCAGAAACAUUUCGUCGCAGCAGUGGUACAAAACUUAUUUAGGAGGAGACUCUGAAGAGCAGACAGAUGUUCAUGUCAUUGUUGCAUCUCUUUAUCUUAAGGAUGCCAAAGAGACGGUUGAAGGUAUUCCAGAAGUGGAAGCAGUUCAGCUAGAUGUGUCAGAUAGUGAAAGCUUCCUUAAGUAUGUCUCUGAGGUUGAUGUUGUCCUGAGCUUAUUACCUGCAAGUUGUCAUUUUUCUGUAGCAAAGACAUGCAUUGAGCUUAAGAAGCAUCUCAUCACUGCUAGCUAUGUUGAUGAUGAAACGUCCAUGUUACAUGAGAAAGCUAAGCAUGCAGGGAUUACUAUUCUUGGCGAAAUGGGACUGGACCCUGGAAUCGAUCACAUGAUGGCAAUGAAAAUGAUCAACGAGGCUCAUAUCAGAAAGGGGAAAGUCAAGUCUUUCACCUCUUACUGUGGUGGUCUUCCUUCUCCCGCUGCAGCAAAUAAUCCAUUAGCUUAUAAAUUUAGCUGGAAUCCUGCUGGAGCCAUUCGAGCUGGCCGCAACCCCGCCAAAUACAAAAGCAACGGAGACAUAAUACAUGUUGAUGGGGAGGAUCUAUAUGAUUCAGCCACAAGAUUCAGAGUACCUAACCUUCCAGCUUUUGCAUUGGAGUGUCUACCAAACCGAAACUCAUUGGUUUACGGGGAACAUUAUGGCAUCGAGAGUGAAGCUUCAACUAUAUUUCGUGGAACACUCAGAUACGAAGGGUUUAGUAUGAUCAUGUCAACACUUUCCAAACUCGGAUUCUUUGAUAAUGAAGCAAAUGAACUACUCUCCAGUGGAAAGAAGAUUACGUUUGGUGCUCUUCUAAGUAACGUUAUAGUGAAGGAUGCAGACAAUGAAUCUUCAGAGGCUCUAGUCGGAGAAGAAGAGAUCAGCAAGAGAAUUAUCAAGCUUGGACAUUCUAAGGAGAGUGCAGCCAAAGCUGCCAAAACAAUCAUAUUCUUGGGGUACAACGAAGAGAGGGAGAUUCCUUCGUUGUGUAAAAGUGUGUUUGAUGCAACUUGCUACCUAAUGGAAGAGAAACUAGCCUAUUCCGGAAAUGAGCAGGACAUGGUGCUUCUGCAUCACGAAGUAGAAGUGGAGUUCCCUGAAAGCAAACGUACAGAGAAGCACAGUGCAACUCUCUUGGAGUUUGGGGAAAUCAAGAACGGGCAAAUGACGACUGCUAUGGCCAAGACCGUUGGGAUCCCUGCAGCUAUUGGAGCUUUGUUGUUAAUUGAAGACAAGAUCAAGACAAGAGGAGUCUUAAGACCUCUUGAGCCAGAAGUCUAUUUGCCAGCUUUGGAUAUAUUGCAAGCUUAUGGUAUAAAGCUGAUGGAGAAGACAGAAUGAUUUCUUCUUUUCAAAGAACUCUUUAUACUGUUUCUCUAUAGCUUGAAGACUAAGCUGACGAAGAAGAUAGAGAGAUAAGCGUCGGAUCCUUGGAUCGAUAGCGAGAGGAACUUUGUAGAUAUAUGUAUUAUAUGUGUAUACGAAUGUAUGUACAAAAGAACUGUGUCCACAAAUCUCAGUGGAUGUAUAGUACGUAAUCAUAUUAUGUCUAUACAAAUAUCUUCGAAGCUAACACCAAGGCUUAUUUUGACAACCUUCAUGCCAAUAACAAGGCAACUAAGUGAGAAGUGUUUAGUUGUUAAAAGAAUGAUCUGCACCUUUGUUGUUAUGCUCCUUUGAUGUGAUCUCCUAUGAUUAUCAUGAUUUAAAUAAAACGAGUUACUAUUUAUCUUGCU